CGCACGCCGGUCCCGGUCUCCAGGGCGAUGCUUUCCGGAAUGUUCGGCUGUUGCAUCGGCAAUGUCAAAUACGGCAGAUAACCAGUUAACUACCGGUAUCGAGAUUAUGCUUCCUGCUCGGGUUCGUUGCAAUGUUUGCCGCCACACAGCUGCAGCCGCCCCCCAUCGACACUGAAACACACGAUAUCCAUGCAGGCGCCAAGAAGCCUGCCUACACCGGACUGUGCACGCCGCUGGGGGCUUGACGCCUUGACUCUCAUUUCGUUGGUGAGAAGUACCGUAGUGCGGUCACAUGCGCCGUGCGUCCGCCCACAUAAUCGACCGCGCUCCCUCCCUCUCUCUCGGAAGCUGGCGGCCGUCCGAGUGCUGGAUCGCGCCGAAUGGAACUCCGCAUGUUCAGUUCCGGUUGUUCCUCCAACUUACGUAACCAGGGGGUUCCUUUGACUGCGGCGGAUGGCGGCGACUCGAAGCCCGCAGAUCAACCAGGACGG